ACUUCUCUUCGCCGUUGUCUUCUUCUGUCACCUCCGGCGAUGAAGAAUGGAGGAUAUAAAAGAGACCGGGCGGAUCUUCCACCGGAGUUGAUUUCUUCGAUUCUUCUCCGUCUUCACAUAGUUGAGAUACUCAACAACGCUCAGAAGGUAUGCAGAUCGUGGCGACGCGUAUGUCAAGACCCAUCAAUGUGGACCAAAAUCGAGAUGCGAAUCCCAAAAAAUUUCGACGUCUGGAAGGACAUGUGCCGUCACGUCUUUGAUCUCGACGCCAUGUGCCGUCACGCCGUUGAUCUCAGCCGUGGCGGCUUGUUGGAGAUCUACAUCGAGUUCUUCGGGAGCGAUUCUCUCCUCACCUACAUCGCCGAUAGUAUUUGCAGAUCAAGUAAGCUUAGACGUCUUGGAGCUAUUGACGGUGGUAUCAUAACGAGUUUUGGAAUUUUCAAAGCAGCUGUGAAACUCCCAUUGCUUGAAGAACUCGAGGUUACAGACUCGUUUAUCUCAGGAGAUCAUUUGAAAGUUGUAGGCAAGUCUUGUCCAAAACUGAGGACGUUGAUGAUAAGGCAGUUGAAGCUUAACCGCAGCCGUUACUUGGACUGUGAUGAUGAGAUUGCUCUAGCAAUCGCUGAAACAAUGCCUGGUCUUCGCCACCUCCAGCUUUUAAGGAACGGAUUAUCAGACGCCGGUUUAAACUCCAUUCUUGACAAUUGUCCGAAGCUAGAACAUCUUGAUAUACGCCAGUGUUUCAACGUUAACCUUGUGGGGGAUUGGAAGAAGCAGUGUUACGAUAGGAUCAAAGUCUUGAGACAUCCUAAUGACUCGAUUCAUGAGUAUGAUGCCGUUAAUUCCAAUACUGAAGAUGAAGUUCAUGAGUAUGAUGACGUUAAUUCCGAUACUGAUGACAAAGAAGAUGAAGAAGAAGGCUACGAUUACUCAUAUGAAGAAGGCUAUGAUUACUCAUAUGACAGCGAUGAGUAUGUCUCCAACAUGGCAGGUGAUGUCCACUAUCAUUCUUACUCGUAUUAUGACUAGAUAAGGAUAAGCGGUCCGAUCAUUUUGAAGAAUGCAAUGAUAAGUUGUGUUGACAAAAUAGCAGUGGCGAGACUGUUAAUGAACUCGUUCAUUCCUCUUUUUAUUAAGUCGGUAAGUAGUUUCAGUGGACGUGUGUCUCUUUGCCUCAGUGUAGCUUUUGAGUGUGUAAA